CAAAAUUUUGGCCUCGAUCCAAACUGCAGCCAAAUCCCACCGGCGUGCCAAUUUUUUGCCUGGGCAAGUGUUGGUAGUAAACCAAACAGCCUCUUGCUCGCCCGACUCACGCCGCCGCCCGACCCAAGACGCCGCCGCCGACCCUUCCCAAGACGCCGCCGCCGACUCCUCCCGAAGACGCCUCGACGCCUCGACGUCGGCGAUCUCCUCCGGCAUACUGGACUUCUCCCCGGUGUCAUCAGCCUGGGUUCUUGUUGGGGUGGACGAGUUGCCUCCAUCUUGGGAUCCAAUUGUCACGCCUAAGUUCGUGACUACAGGUAAACCGUGGCAAGCAAGAUGGCCCUCUCAUCAGUUUUCAGGAGAGUAAACAUCAAAGAACUGAUCUCAAAUGUUCCAGUGUACACUAGCUCAACAGAGACAUCUGGAGGAAUGAGCUUGGUGUUUAGGCGUUGGGCCACAAAAAAGACUGCUGGGUCAACGAAAAAUGGCCGCGACUCUAACCCCAAGUAUCUGGGUGUUAAGAAAUUUGGUGGAGAGAAAGUGGAACCAGGAAACAUAAUCGUACGACAAAGAGGAACCCGCUUCCAUCCUGGGAACUAUGUUGGCAUGGGGAAGGAUCACACUAUCUUCUCUCUGAAGGAAGGCCAUGUGUGGUUCGAGCGGAAUAAACUGACUGGCAGGAAAUGGAUUCAUGUUGAACCUGUAGCUGGGCACACUCUCCACCCUGUUUACGCCAAUGGUUCAGCCACUGCAGCUGACAUGGAGCUACUGUAGUGUUGAUGUGUGCGUGGGUUGCAGUGACAAGUUGCUGAUAGCCUACUGGGCAUGGCUCUGCUGUUUUGCUCCGACAUGGAUACCUUCCAUAAAUGAACUUGUUCUAGUGAAAAUGUUUCUGGGCUAGGAUGAUUGCAGUAAGUAACUUCAGUGUGUUUCUGAUGUCAUUUUAAGUAUCCAUUCUGCACGAGACA